UUCAUUCAUUAUACAUAUAGUGAGAGACUCGGUAAGGGGUUCGGUCUUCCCUUUCUCCUUUUUCUUGUCAAAGAAGAAGUGAAGAGAAAAUAAAUAAAUAAAUAAAAAUCUUUUCAUCUUCUCAGCAAUGGCACCUAGCAAGCGUAAGGCUGAGCAACCACCAGUGGAGGCGACGGGGAGGGUAACUCGGUCGUCGGCGAAACUCGCCGCCGCUGGAUUGAAAACCGCACCUGUUAUAGAGGUGCCGGAGAAGAAGAAGGAGACGAAGAAGCCGAAGGGGAAGAAGCAGAAGAAGGAGGAAGUAGUAGCCGAAGUUAAUGGUGGUGCUCCUGUUACUGAUAAGGGGACUGUUGUAGAACCUUCUAGAAAGACAAUCGUUAUUGAGCAUUGCAAGCAAUGCAACUCAUUCAAGACAAGAGCAAAUUUGGUGAAAGAAGGUUUGGAGAAGAGAUCUUCUGGAAUCACUGUGAUACUGAACCCUGAAAAGCCAAGACGAGGUUGCUUUGAGAUACGGGAAGAAGGGGGCAAGAAGUUCAUUAGCCUCUUGGACAUGAAACGUCCGUUUAAACCAAUGAAGGAUCUUGACAUGGAGAAAGUUAUCUCUGACAUUGCUGAGGAGAUAUCAAACACCUGAUGCUAGAUAGGUAUUAUUCUUAAUGGUUGAAAACUGUCUAUAGUUUGUAGUUAACUAGCUGCUUUUGUGGUUAUUUUGAGAUGACCAAACUUGGAGUCUCAUAAUUUGGUGUCAACUAACUGAAUUACAUUGAGGUUUCAUUGACUGUAUUUUGGUCAUAUUACAAUAUAUCUUGUCAGUAGUAUUUAGUAUACUUCAUUAUUUGUGCUAAGAUUGUUAAUGUUUCUACUUUCUAAGUUUC